GAAUCGCAGAACCCUAGUAAUAAAUGUUGAUUAACCCUCAAAACAAUACAUGGCAUCUAUUCGCGUCUGAAUCGAAUCGAAUCGAAACGAUCUUGUGUGGAAGUGGGAAGGGUGAUCAAAGAUGUGGUGGAGAUCAGCGUCAUUCAUCAUGGACAGGCAGCAGAACGAGGCUGCUCUCAGGGGAGACACCGUCGCUCCUACCGACUCCUCAGUAUCAAACCCUAACCCUAAUCCUAACCCCAGCCCAAACCCUAAGACCUCUGCCUACUAUGAGACCAGAGCAGCACACCACGGCGUUGUCACCAGCGACUGGCUGGCCCAGGCUCAGGCCGCCAUUGGGCCGGACCCUGAUCCUCUACCUCAACUCAGGCCCGAUCCUGACAAGCCAUUCAGCGUCAUCAACGAGUUUAAUGACUGGCGAAAACAGCCCCAUUUGGCGGAGGCCGUCGCCGCCAUUCGCGCCUUGGCCGCCGUGAUAAGGACCAGCCAAGCUACCACCAUGAUGCAGCUGGAAAUCGAGCUGAAGAAGGCCUCCGAUACUCUGAAGUCGUGGGAUGCCACCUCUAUCUCUUUGACAGCGGGCUGUGAUCUCUUCAUGCGAUAUGUCACUCGGACUUCUGCUUUAGAAUACGAAGACUUCAAUUCCGCUAAAUCUCGCUUGAUUGAGCGUGCCGAGAAGUUCGGCGAAAUCUCCUACAAGGCCCGCAAAGUUAUCGCAAUGUUGAGUCAGGAUUUUAUAUUUGAUGGUUGCACAAUUUUGGUUCAUGGUUUUUCCAGAGUUGUGUUUGAAGUCCUUAAAUUGGCAGCACAAAACAAGAAAUUAUUUCGGGUCUUCUGCACAGAGGGAAGACCAGAUCGAACAGGAUUGCGGUUGUCCAAUGAGCUGGCCAAGCUUGAUGUUCCUGUGAAACUACUAAUAGAUUCUGCUGUGGCAUAUACUAUGGAUGAGGUGGACAUGGUUUUCGUAGGUGCAGAUGGAGUUGUGGAAAGUGGGGGCAUAAUCAACAUGAUGGGAACCUACCAAAUUGCAUUGGUUGCACACGGUAUGAAUAAACCAGUUUAUGUCGCCGCUGAAAGCUACAAGUUUGCUCGUCUCUACCCUCUUGACCAAAAGGAUUUAGCCCCUGCUUUACGCCCUAUUGAUUUCGGUGUACCUAUUCCAUCCAAGGUUGAGGUUGAAAGGUCCGCGCGGGACUACACCCCUCCUCAAUACCUGACUCUGCUUUUCACAGAUUUAGGUGUUCUUACUCCAUCUGUUGUCAGUGAUGAGCUGAUCCAGCUAUACUUAUAGUAAUCCAUGUAUAUCUAUAUCUCUUUCUGUAUUCUUUACAAAUUUUGGCUUCUAUUCAAGAUCAUGUAUUUUACAUGAAACAAUUUUGUGACAAGCGCGUGUAUCGUUUUAAUUAAUUCGGGGUGGCUUUUAGUAUUA